AUGGUGUGCAUCACAUCCACCCAAUCCUCUCUGCUAGUCAAUAGCAACCCCUCUGAAAUCUUCAAGCCAAAAAGAGCUCUCGGGCAAGGUGAUCCUCUAUCCCCUCUUCUCUGUGUUAUAGGCAUGGAAUAUCUAUCCAAAAUCCUCAGGGUAACAGGGGAUAACCAACAGUUCAGCUUCCACCCCAGAUGUAAGGGUCUCAAACUAAAUCAUUUGUGCUUUGCUGAUGAUCUUAUGCUAUUCUGCAAGGGUGAAGCUAAAUAUGCUAAGCUUCUUUGUGAGAGCCUUGCUAUUUUUUCAGCUGCAUUUCCUCUCCAUGCAAAUACUUUUAAAUCAGCUCUAUAUCUGGCAGGGAUCCCAAAACCGGUUCAACUACAAAUUGCCUACCUUUUGGGUUUGCCUCUUGGUAAAUUUCCCGUUAAAUAUCUGGGUAUGCCCCUCACCAGAUCAGCCAUCAAGAAGGUCAAUGCAAUCUGUAGAGCGUAUGUUUGGCAUGCAGACCCUAACAAUACAGCCCUUGGGAAUAUCAAUUGGAAUGAUAUUUGUAAACCAAAGAAAGUAGGGGGUUUGGGUAUCAGGAACAUUGAUAAAUGGAAUAAAGCUGCACUGGGUAAAUUGGCUUGGGAUGUAGCUAACCUCUUUGAAUCCCUACGGGUCCGCUGGCUGCAUGGCGUAUACACGAAAGGAGGUAACUAG